UGUUGUUGAGUGUGGCUCAGGUGCGCGUGCAGACAGGUCGUCAGUAUCUCGUCUGCCUCAACAUCUUUACAGUUUAGUAGCUGUACUUGUUGACAAAGUGGUAACAUGAUAAAGGCCAUACUGAUAUUCAACAAUCAUGGGAAACCCAGACUUUCGAAAUUUUACGAACAUUACAAUGAAGACAUAGAACAGCAGAUCAUCAGAGAAACGUUCCACCUGGUGUCGAAGAGGGAUGAAAAUGUCUGCAAUUUCCUUGAGGGUGGACUGUUGAUAGGUGGAUCAGACAACAAACUGAUCUACAGGCACUAUGCCACACUGUACUUCGUCUUCUGUGUGGACUCAGCGGAGAGUGAACUCGGCAUUCUAGAUUUAAUCCAGGUGUUUGUGGAAACGCUGGACAAGUGUUUUGAGAAUGUCUGUGAGCUUGACUUAAUUUUCCACGUAGACAAGGUCCACCACAUUCUGGCUGAGAUGGUGAUGGGUGGUAUGGUUCUAGAGACCAACAUGAAUGAGAUCAUCACACAAGUGGAUGCUCAAGUCAAGAUGGAGCGGUCUGAGACGUUUAUCUUUCAGUCCCCCAGGCAGGACAGGUAGACCCAGGUACUGCGCUGAAUUCUGAACCAAGUAAUUGUACACAAGUCAUCCUAAGGGCGAACAUUUAGAUUCUCCAAAGGCACAAACUGCAUUUCUGUAGACUUGGGGCUCCAUUUUUAUGUUGUUGGUGUGUCUGAUUGGUGAUAAAGGGCAAGUAGUUUGCUUCUUGGAAAUCCUGCAUUCAGGGAUGCCUGCUAUGAAUAAGUUAAAAAAUCAGACGAAGGUUACAAUACUUUAUUCAUGAUAUUUGAAUGAGGGCAUUCAUUACUGUAGCUGUGAUUUGUACAGCAGUGUAAUAAUGUAGGCAAUGUUUCAGUAUGCUCACAAUGAUUUUGUGUGUGUUCACUGUAAGCUUUAGAUGCUGAAGUCAUGCUGAUAUUAUGCCUAGUGAUCUUUUUUUCUCACUCUCAGAAAACCUAGAGUAAUUUUUCUGUGCUAUGAUACUUUGGUGCUAAUUUACAAUCUAGGAGCACUGUUCUUCUCACUAUAACUAUAGAACUGAAAAAUUGUAAAAUGGUGCCCAAAGACUCUGGAUUUCUUUUCUGUUUGAAGCAUCAGUGGUUUUUUAAAUGGUGUUCGUUCUCAGGUUUACAUGGUAGAAUGCAGCAGGUUUGCCUUUAAUUUUCAUCUGAAACCUCCUAGCAAUUACUGAGAAUACCUCUCAUCCAUUUGUAAGUAGAUGUCACCAUAGCAUAGUUAGAUUAGAAGCUAAAUACACUUCUUAAUUGAUUCAUCGUAAUUGGUAAGUACUAUGCACAUCUGUUACGUUGAUUACCACCCAGGCUGAUUGUUGACAAUACUUGUGAAGAUAUCAAUUUGUAGUAAUAUCUGGUAAUGACUGACUGACUUGUAGAAACAUCCAUGUUUGUCUAAUUUUCACUUUGUUCAUCAUUGUAAGAUAACAUGCCACCAGUCUUACUAAAUAAUUGUAAAGAAUGGAAUUCUCAAACUGGUCUUGCAUCCUUCCAGUCACAGCUCUAGUUGUACCAUUCCUGGCUCUAAUCAGCUCUAAUCAGUCCUACCGACAAACUUCAUAGAUAUUACAGUCCGUCAGUUCUUACCAGUCUUCGUUGUGUCUGUAUCUUUGUUAGUAGUUGUAGCUCCAUUUUAGUUUGACAAUUUUAGUUUUGUCUUUCUACAUUUGUUGAGACUUUUAAUGCAUUCCUGUCCAAACUAAGUCGUAAGUGUAAAGGACAAAUAUUGCAGUAUACAGUAUUUUGAGUUGUAUUUUUCAUUGAAACAAAAAGGGUUUUGACCAAAUGUGUUCUGAUGAGCUAUGCUUGGUAAAAUGACAAGGAAUUUCAAUUAAUCUUUUGUUAGUAAUUGUCUGUCAGCUGACACUCUCAGUAUUCACUGAUGCAUGAAAAUGCACAAUUGUUCACACACUAAUGCUAAUUUUAAAGGUUUACUUUUAGCAACACAUACACUGACCCUUGCAUGAACUGAAAAAUGUUACCCAAGAUCUUAUUAUUCAUGCAGGAGCAGCCCAUGACCAUUGUAAAGGUCUCACAGUGGUGGUUCUUCUAUCUACCAGUGUAUUCCACCACCAUGUAUUCUGUCAUGUGCAAGAGACUUGUCUGUAUUUUUAUGGGCUAAAAAUAUCCUGUUGUUGGAGUGCCCCAUCUUGACUCCUCUGUGAGGAUUAGGACUGUGAGGAUUAGUAAUUCGGUAUUUGAACUGGCUCGUAUGUAGGCUUGCAUCAUAGAAUAAACA